UACUUAGAGCUUUUGGACUCUAAAACAUUGCAAUAAAAAAAAAUACCAAAAAAGAAAGAGAGACAUUUUUUCUUCAUCCCUUCUGCUUUUCCUCAUCUAUUCCUGCCCUUUGUAAUCAUGAGUCCUUAUGCCAUCAUUACUAUAAAAGUCUCUCUCUCUCUCUCAUAGAUACAAACACAAAAUCACAGCUAUAUAGUAGUAGUAGUUUUAUUUUUAUUUUUAUUUUUAUUUUUUUGUAUAAAGAUUUUCUCACCUAUAAAAACCCCUUUGUUGCCUAAUUGUUACACAUCACUAACUAUCAUCUCUUAGCUUCCUAUUUUUUUGUUUAUUCAUUGCAAGAGAACCUUAUCUCUCAAAAGGGAAAAAGAAUGUGUUGUUUCUCUUCACAACAUGAGACCCUUUAUGCCCCUCUCUUUUGGCCUUCCAAGAGACACCACCUUAGGUUGAGCCACCUCAAAAGAAGGAGAACACAAUUGAAAGAAGCAAGACAAAGGAAAAGGAUGAUUGAGGUGAAAGAAGAGAUUAAGAUGAAAAACUUGAAAUUGUAUAUGGAGAAUCAAACCAUCAUAGAGGAGAAUGAAAAGUUAAGGAAACAAGCUAUGCUUUUGCACAAAGAGAAUCAAGACCUUAUGACUCAGCUCCAAAUUAAGCUUUCAGAACUAAACAACAAUACCAAAAAUAAUAACAAGCUAUGAGCUAAUUUAUUUAUUUAUAUAUAUUAUGUUAUACUACUAUAUACAGUUUAAUUAUUUUGUUUGGUCAAGAGUAGGGAAAUUUAAUUAAAGGGUUUGUGUUAAUCAUCCUUAGUUCAGAUAUGUUAGCCCUGAAUCUUGAUUUUCCUUUUUAAAAAAUCUUGUUUGUUUCUUAGUUUUUAAAUUAAUUAAUUUUCUAGCAAUAAGUUUAGAGUGAUAUAAUAAAGAUGAAUAGGUAAUGUGCCAAUUGUAACCAUUUUAUAGAAUAUAAUAUUUUGCAA